AUGGGCACCCCGGACUCCUCUGCCGCCGACCGCAGCUACAUCCGUACCGUCCUGAGUCACCAGACCCUGCAGGAGCUGGACAGUUCCACCCUGGCUUUGCCCUCCGAGGCCAGGCUGAAGCUCUUGGGCAACCGCGCCGGGACGGAGAAAACUCUCCGCAUCCAGCAGCAGGUCAAGCAAACGCUGUCCAGGAAAAGUAGAGGACACUUGUCAAAUGGCAGUCUCCAUCGGGCCAUCAGUGUUCCAGAACAUGUUUAUAACCUGGACACAGUCGAUAAUUAUUCUGUUUCAAGACCUCCACAUGGAGUCACAUAUUCUUCAUCUUUCCAGGUGAACUCACCAAUCACUUACAGAAAUGGCUGGGGGAAUACAACCACACAAUAUAAUUCAUACAAGACAAUGGAAGAGAGGAAUCAAAGGCAGCCUCUGAAGAGAUUAGAAGUUUCUCCCCAGAAAGGUCCUGAGAAGCUGGCAUAUGUAUACAAUGAUUUCCGCUACAACAGGGGAAACCAAGUUGGAUUCACUCCAAGGCAUAGUGAUAGGAUGAGAUCCAAUGUUAUUGUCCCACCAAGAUAUGCUCGCUCUGAGAUUGUUGGUCAUGGUAAUCAUGAUUCUUCAAUCAGAGAGCAAACUUAUCAAACCCAGUUCCAUAGAGGAUCUUUUAAUGACACAGUCUUUGACAGUGCUGCCACCAGCCCAACUGUAUCUAUGUACCCACAAGCUGGAUUCUGUCGCAGUAUGACCAACCUCUUAGAGAAAGAGAACUACGUUACUACAGGUAGUGCUGUGGGACAAAUCAGAUCACCCAUUGCUUCCCAAAUUGGAUUGCAGAACAGGGAGUUUCUGAAGUCCAGCUGGCAACAAAGUAACUUCAGAAGCGCACAGCCCAUGAGGGAAACUCCCCAGACAGCUGCAGUGACCAGUGCUACUGCCGAAACAGGUGGGAAGAGGAUGGCAAUGACUGCUGCUGUGGCAGCAGCAGCAGCAGAAAAUGUUUCCUUACACAUUGGAAAAGCAGGCUCCAGUGGAUCUCAGCUAGGGAGUCCAGAAGGGGGGAUGACUCUGGAGCUCGCAGUGAACACUCUGGACACUGAAAAGACAUCCUCGUUACCCAGGAUCCUUGCUGCAGUUAACUUUAUACAGCAUGAGUGCUUCCAGAAAGCAGAAGCCAGAAGGAAAGUUUAUUUACUUGGUGGCAUUCCCAAGCUUCUACAGCUUCUGAAAACGCAGAAUGAGGGCGUUUUGCUGGUGGCAUGUGGAGCUUUGAGGAACUUGGUGUAUGAGGACAAUGACAACAAACUAGAAGUGUGUGAGCGGAACGGGAUCCCAGUCCUGCUCCGUGUACUCAGACAAACCAAGGAUGUGGAAACUAAAAAGCAGAUAACAGGUUUGCUGUGGAACUUGUCCUCCAAUGACCAGCUGAAGACCCUGCUGAUCAGAGACGCCCUGGAGCCACUGACAGAGACCAUUCUUAUCCCCUACUCUGGUUGGCCAGAUAGAGAUUACCCAAAAUCGAGUAUUGUAUCUGACCCUGAUAUCUUCUACAAUGCCACAGGAUGCCUGAGAAAUAUGAGUUCUGCUGGCCCAGAAGGAAGGAAAAAGAUGAGAGAAUGUGAUGGAUUGAUUGAUUCUCUUGUGUAUUACAUCCAAGGAACCACUGCAGACUACCAGCCUGAUGACAAGGCCACAGAGAACUGCGUGUGCAUUCUUCACAACCUCUCCUACCAACUAGAGUCAGAGCUGCCUAGCAGUUAUGCCCAGAACAUCUAUACACAAAGAAAAAAUACUCCUACCAAUGAUAAAAGCUUGGGAUGCUUUGGAACACGCAUCAGGAAAGCAAAAGUGAAGCAACAAGAUACUCUGCUACCCGAGGAAAAGAGCAGUCCCAAAGGUGUAGAAUCACUCUGGCAUUCCACACUUAUUAGGAUAUAUCUCUCCUUAAUAGCAAAAAGUACAAGAAACUACACUCAAGAAGCAUCUUUGGGAGCUCUCCAGAACCUCACAGCAGGCAGUGGACCAAUGCCAUUUUCAGCAGCUCAUACUGUUGUCCAGAAGGCAAAUGGCCUUCAGAGUAUUCGAUUCAUGCUGCAUGUAAGCAAUCCAAGUAUAAGGAGGACAGCCGUCUCAUUGGUCAGGAACUUAUCUCGUAAUGCCUCUCUGCAGAAUGAAAUAGCCAGAAACGUCUUAUCAGAUUUGGUCUCCCUACUUCCUGACUCUGUCCAAGGGUCAGAGGUUACCAAUGAGACCACAGCUUCUAUCUGCUACACCUUGUACAACUUGACCCAGAACAGCUCCCAGAAUGCCCGGCUUCUCCUAAACACAGGUGGCCUGCCAAAAAUAAUGAACAUCAGCAGGAGUGACAAUAAUAUGCUCAGCAAAGCUAGCAAAGCUGCCUCAAUCCUCCUGUACUCCUUGUGGUCACAUACUGAUCUCCACAGUGCCUACAAAAAGGCUCAAUUUAAGAAGACAGCUUUCGUCAAUACCGGGACAACGAGAGCAUACAACUCACUCAAAGACUAA